AUGGUGCGGGUGAAAAAGCGCGCGUCCAAGCGCAUGACGCUGAAGCAGCGUGCCAAAAUCCAUAAGAAGGUGCAAGAGCAUGGGCGAAAGCAGCGGCGCGAGGCACGGCGCAACCCCCAGCGCAAGUCCAAGAAGGCGGACCCUGGCAUCCCGAACCUGUUCCCGUACAAGGAAGAACUGCUGAAUGAGAUGGAGGAGCGCCGCCGAAUCGCGGCGGAGCAGCGCAUGCUUGCGAAGGAAAAGCACCAUGAGGACGACGAGGACGAUGCUGAGGACGAGGAAGAAGAGCCUGUGCCGGAGCCGGCACAGGCGACGCCACAUGUGCGGCCGCGCGCGCCGAUGCUUAGCCGGCCGCUCGCGGAUGUUGUCGCGCCUAAAAGUGAAAUCAAGGCUGUGGUGUACGUGCUGGAUGCUCGUGAUCCGUCGAGUUUUCGCCGGGCUUGGCUGGAGUCGCAGCUGCGCUCGAACAAGAGCCCCAAGCUGACGCUGGCGCUCGCCAAGGCCGACCUGGUGCCGUCGGAAGUGCUCACAGGGUGGUUGUAUGAUCUGCGGCGCGCAGGACUGGCCGCAUUCCCUACGAGCGUGCGGCCGGGUGCGGAACCGGAGGGCGUGGAUGCUCUUGCUGCGCACUUGCGCGCGGUGAGUAAGGGCGAUGUUGCCGUGCUUGGCCUUGAGCAUGUGGGCAAGACGGAUCUUGCUGCCGCACUGCAGGACACUAUGGAAGGCGUGCAGGUGUACGAUACACCGAGUCUUGUCCGCUCGGCGAUGCCUAUGCCCACGGAGGACGACGAAGAUGAUAUGGCCGAGGAGCUGAGUCGUAUGGAGAACCAGGCCAAGCUUCUGUGGACCCUCAUGCGGAACCAGGGACAGGUGCAGCGUUUCAAGGACCCUGUGGCCCUUGUGCGCAUGCUGUUGCCGCGUGUGGCGCAUCCUGUGGAUCUGAUGAUCGCGUAUGGAACGCCAGCCUUUGGCUCGUUUGUGCCGGAGCGCGCGACGUUGGCCGAUGACGUGCCUGAUGACGAGGCGAUGCGCGAGUACGAGCGACAGACCGAGACCAAGGCUAUGGCCGAUACGGAGGAGUUUCUGAUCGGCGUGGCGCGAUCCGUCGGUCGCCUGAAACGUAUGGGUAUGCCCGAUACGGCCGGCGCCGCGCGCCUGCUGCUACGCGACUGGGCGCAUGGCGGACUGGGAUACUAUGCGAUGCCUCAUACCAAGGCCAAGGCGGUGCAAACGAAAGGCUCGAAGCAGGACAAGGCGCUGUGGGCCGAGGUCGAGCAACUUGUACAGGAUAUGGGCGCAGUGCUCCCGCGCAAAGAGUGGCGACAGGCCUGGGCCUCGAAGGAGCUUCGCCUAAAGGCACUAGAAAAGGCGCCUUAUGAUGAGGACAAGCUGGCCUUUAUGCCGAUCCUGGAGGACCUUGACGAGGACGACGAGGUGGAAGAGGACGACGUCGAAGAGGACGACAACGAAGAGGACGACGACGAAGAGGACGACGACGACGACGACGAAGAGGACGACGACGAUGAGGAUGAGGAGGAUGAGGAAGGCGAUGAUAACAUUGAUGACGACGAUGAGGAGGAUAUCGAUGAUGGAGACCUCGACGAAGAAGACCUCGACGAACAGCUGGUCCCGCCGUCUUCCAGGAAACGCUCCAAGGCCCCGAUGAACGAGCGUGCCCGUAAACUAUCCAAACCUACCAAGGAGGCGCGACCGGCCAAGGCGCCUCGUCCGUCCAAGGCGACUCGACCUGCGCAGGCGCCGCCCAAACGACGUACUCCGGCACCUGGAGAGGCCUAUGAUAUCAAUGCGUACUUUUAG